CUUACAGACUUACGGUUGCAAAAAUGUGAUUUUGCGCAAAUAGGCUAUACAGCCGAUGAGGUGUUUGAGGUUUUGAGCGUCUAUCUACAAAAAUCGCAUAAAUAAGAGACGUAUGCCUCGCAGCAGCUUGUGUAUUUUCAAGGUUUCCUCUGGAGGUUGUUGGACGGGACAGCGGAGCAUCGACUGAGGUUUCCAGCGCAUCGCUCUACCCCCUCCUAUCCCAGAGAUGCUGUCCAGUCUGCGGACAGUUCUGCGGCCCGCUCUCUCUCUCAGAGCCGGGACCGGGCUAACCAGAGCCGGACUCAGCAACCACCAAACACCCGCGCUGGCAUCCCCCGGCCCCCGACUCGCCUCAGAGCCGCCUCUCUUCAUGCUGGUGCAGCGGUGUAACCUGGGCACACACCCGCUGAAGGAGCCCGUGGAGCCUCUCAACUCACCCCGGGGGGCCAAGGAAUUUAUUUAUAGCCUUCAUCCGACUGAGCGUACCUGUCUGCUGCGGGAGCUGCACAAGUUCGAGUCCAUAGCCAUUGCUCAAGGGCAGCUGGAAAUUGCACCACCAACUCGAGCACAGUUAAGAUAUGUUCUGCUGCACAAUGCGCUCCCUUUUGUUGGAUUUGGAUUCCUGGACAACUGCAUCAUGAUAGUUGCUGGCACACAUAUUGAGUUAUCCAUUGGCGUGAUCCUUGGCAUUUCCACUAUGGCUGCUGCUGCUCUUGGCAACCUGGUGUCUGAUCUGGCAGGACUCGGGCUAGCAGGUUAUGUGGAGGCCCUGGCGUCUCGGCUGGGGAUGCAAAUUCCUGACCUGAGUCCAAAGCAGGCUGAUAUGUGGCAGACCAGAGUUAGCUCUCACUCAGGUAAGGCCCUCGGAGUCGGGAUCGGCUGUAUCCUUGGCAUGUUCCCUCUUCUGUUCUUCAAGGAUGACGAUGAGAAAAAAGAUGGGAAGAAGAAGGCAGAGGUGAAAACAGAAACACCUGCUACAACAGAGAGCAGCGAAAACUGAAACUGUCAGCUCGCCGGAGACAAAUACUAUUUGGAAUCCAUCAGAAUACUUUUAACUGGGACUGAUGGGCCUCACCUGGUGGAGUGGAGUGUAUGGAAAUGUCACUGAACCCCAUACAGUUUAAUUACUGAUUACUUUCCCUUACAAGGCUCAAUCAAACUAUGAAAGGUAUUCUGAAGAGGAUUUUAGAUAUUAUUUGAUGGUGAACUUAAGCACAGGGACCUGGCCGUCUCUUGAAGAGACAAGAGACAGUUGAUUUAUUGGACUGCUGCUACUUCAACUACUGCACCAUAACCUCACCUUGUUUUGACUGACCUUUACUCUGAUUCUGAUGAAUGGGACAAAUAUGAUCCUUUCAACACGUAUACUUUUAGAUGACGUGUAGGGGAGAGCAAGGGUUUGAAUGCUCCUUAAAUACAACUAACUUUGGAGUCAGUGCAGGAAAAAAAAAACUAUAUCAGAAAUCAUUCAGAAAAAGUCUGAGAAGUAUUUUGACAUUUGAAGUUUCUUGUUCUCUUAAUAAUUCAUCAGUUAGUAGAGGAAGACUGAACAAAGAGCCACUGUACAGUACAUUUGGAUUUUGUUCUGCAGUGUUAAAAACCACGUGUGGGUGGUGAGGGUGUUCAGUCAAGAAAAGAGGUCACAUUUGCAUAUAAAGCUGCAGCCUUCCACAUCAAAUAUAUCAUUUUUUGGUUUAAAAAGCAUGUCUGCCUUUUGAUGAUUUCAAAGUCUUAAACAGUCUGCCUCAUGCUCCAUGACAACCAGACAGCUACUUUUAGUGGGAAUGCAGGUGGUUAAAUAUAUAACACCUGCUAGCUGCUUCUUUGAAAUCUUGUUUUCAUUUGUGAUAAAGCCUUUUUUUAUAUGCUUUUAUUCACGCAAAACAAUACCUUGCACAUGUCUCCAAUGUCUCCUGUGUGCCCUGUAUGUAGAUCGGUGCGGAUCUACAAAAUAUAACCUUUUAAAGUUUGGUAGUUUCCUUAGAGGAGCUGAGCAGAAAGCAGAGGAAGAAAGACAAGACAGACAGAGGAAGAGACAAAGAGUAGCUGGAACAGAAAUAUAAGAAAUACAAACUCUGAACCACCUGACACCUCUGUCCCAUUUAUAAUCACCUGCUGGCUCCAAUACCGUGUGAUUCUUCGCCUCAGCAGAACAUCUCUAGCUUGCUUGGCGACUGAAGUUUCAAAUUCAGUUUGAAUUAUGGAGUAAUAGCCAAGUAACACC